GUAAAUAGUAAACCACAAGUAUAUAAAACUCAACCUUGGACAGGUCUAUACCGCACAACAUUCUACAUUGAAUAUUAUACCGUUUACAGACACCACUAUUUUAAGAGAAUUGUGACAGUCUAUCAUAUUGGGACUCCGGGUAUCCACAUUUCCGAAACAAUCACCUCCUAUCAAAGUAACAUCAAUACUAAAUCUACUUCCAUUAAUGUAAGAACAGUUCCAGGUUACAAUGGUCACAAGUACACAUACUAUUAUACAGAAAUCAUAUAUAUCCCAAAAAAAUUAUCAACAACAACAAUCUAUACUAGUGUUUCAACCUACACUGGAACAACAUUGCAAACUGUGAAAACCAUAACAAAAGUAGAUAAUGGAGCAAAUGGAAUAACAACACUUUAUGAAUACAUUGUAGAACUCGCACAUCCACCACCACUGCCAAAACCUUAUACAACUAAAAUUAAAAAACCUACAACUACUAUUACGGAAAUAAUAUCCUUUUACAGCACUACCAAUGCCGCCGGUAAAAAAAUAUUAAGCUCAACAAUAUACACCAUAAAACCUCUAUCAGUUCCAGCUGCUUACACAACCGAAGUAGUAUCAGGAUCAUCCACUGCUACCGAAGUCGUUUCCUUCUACAGCACCACCAAUUCCGCUGGUGACGAAGUUCUGGCUUCUACCACCUACACCCUAGGUCCUCUAUCAGUUCCAGCUGCUUACACAAGCGAAGUAGUAUCAGGAUCAUCUACUGCUACAGAAGUCGUAUCCUUCUACAGCACCACCAAUUCCGCUGGUGACGAAGUUGUGGCUUCUACCACCUACACCCUAGGUCCUCUAUCAGUUCCAGCUGUUUACACAACCGAAGUAGUAUCAGGAUCAUCUACCGUUACCGAAGUCGUUUCCUUCUACAGCACCACCAAUUCCGCUGGUGACGAAGUUCUGGCUUCUACCACCUACACCCUAGGUCCUCUAUCAGUUCCAGCUGUUUACACAACCGAAGUAGUAUCAGGAUCAUCUACUGCUACAGAAGUCGUUUCCUUCUACAGCACCACCAAUUCCGCUGGUGACGAAGUUGUGGCUUCUACCACCUACACCCUAGGUCCUCUAUCAGUUCCAGCUGUUUACACAACCGAAGUAGUAUCAGGAUCAUCUACUGCUACAGAAGUCGUUUCCUUCUACAGCACCACCAAUUCCGCUGGUGACGAAGUUCUGGUUUCUACCACCUACACCCUAGGUCCUCUAUCAGUUCCAGCUGUUUACACAACCGAAGUAGUAUCAGGAUCAUCUACUGCUACAGAAGUCGUUUCCUUCUACAGCACCACCAAUUCCGCUGGUGACGAAGUUGUGGCUUCUACCACCUACACCCUAGGUCCUCUAUCAGUUCCAGCUGUUUACACAACCGAAGUAGUAUCAGGAUCAUCUACUGCUACAGAAGUCGUUUCCUUCUACAGCACCACCAAUUCCGCUGGUGACGAAGUUCUGGUUUCUACCACCUACACCCUAGGUCCUCUAUCAGUUCCAGCUGUUUACACAACCGAAGUAGUAUCAGGAUCAUCUACUGCUACAGAAGUCGUUUCCUUCUACAGCACCACCAAUUCCGCUGGUGACGAAGUUCUGGUUUCUACCACCUACACCCUAGAUCCUCUAUCAGUUCCAGCUGUUUACACAACCGAAGUAGUAUCAGGAUCAUCUACUGCUACAGAAGUCGUAUCCUUCUACAGCACCACCAAUUCCGCUGGUGACGAAGUUGUGGCUUCUACCACCUACACCCUAGGUCCUCUAUCAGUUCCAGCUGCUUACACAAGUGAAGUAGUAUCAGGAUCAUCUACUGCUACAGAAGUCGUAUCCUUCUACAGCACCACCAAUUCCGCUGGUGACGAAGUUCUGGCUUCUACCACCUACACCCUAGGUCCUCUAUCAGUUCCAGCUGUUUACACAACCGAAGUAGUAUCAGGAUCAUCUACCGUUACCGAAGUCGUUUCCUUCUACAGCACCACCAAUUCCGCUGGUGACGAAGUUCUGGUUUCUACCACCUACACCCUAGAUCCUCUAUCAGUUCCAGCUGUUUACACAACCGAAGUAGUACCAGGAUCAUCUACUGCUACAGAAGUCGUAUCUUUCUACAGCACCACCAAUUCCGCUGGUGACGAAGUUCUGACUUCUACCACCUACACCCUAGGUCCUCUAUCAGUUCCAGCUGUUUACACAACCGAAGUAGUAUCAGGAUCAUCUACUGCUACAGAAGUCGUUUCCUUCUACAGCACCACCAAUUCCGCUGGUGACGAAGUUGUGGCUUCUACCACCUACACCCUAGGUCCUCUAUCAGUUCCAGCUGUUUACACAACCGAAGUAGUAUCAGGAUCAUCUACUGCUACCGAAGUCGUAUCUUUCUACAGCACCACCAAUUCCGCUGGUGACGAAGUUGUGGCUUCUACCACCUACACCCUAGGUCCUCUAUCAGUUCCAGCUGUUUACACAAGCGAAGUAGUAUCAGGAUCAUCUACUGCUACCGAAGUCGUAUCCUUCUACAGCACCACCAAUUCCGCUGGUGACGAAGUUGUGGCUUCUACCACCUACACCCUAGGUCCUCUAUCAGUUCCAGCUGCUUACACAAGUGAAGUAGUAUCAGGAUCAUCUACUGCUACAGAAGUCGUUUCCUUCUACAGCACCACCAAUUCCGCUGGUGACGAAGUUGUGGCUUCUACCACCUACACCCUAGGUCCUCUAUCAGUUCCAGCUGUUUACACAAGCGAAGUAGUAUCAGGAUCAUCUACUGCUACAGAAGUCGUAUCUUUCUACAGCACCACCAAUUCCGCUGGUGACGAAGUUCUGGUUUCUACCACCUACACCCUAGGUCCUCUAUCAGUUCCAGCUGUUUACACAACCGAAGUAGUAUCAGGAUCAUCUACCGUUACCGAAGUCGUUUCCUUCUACAGCACCACCAAUUCCGCUGGUGACGAAGUUCUGGUUUCUACCACCUACACCCUAGAUCCUCUAUCAGUUCCAGCUGUUUACACAACCGAAGUAGUAUCAGGAUCAUCUACUGCUACAGAAGUCGUAUCCUUCUACAGCACCACCAAUUCCGCUGGUGACGAAGUUGUGGCUUCUACCACCUACACCCUAGGUCCUCUAUCAGUUCCAGCUGUUUACACAACCGAAGUAGUAUCAGGAUCAUCUACUGCUACAGAAGUCGUUUCCUUCUACAGCACCACCAAUUCCGCUGGUGACGAAGUUCUGGUUUCUACCACCUACACCCUAGGUCCUCUAUCAGUUCCAGCUGCUUACACAAGUGAAGUAGUAUCAGGAUCAUCUACUGCUACAGAAGUCGUAUCUUUCUACAGCACCACCAAUUCCGCUGGUGACGAAGUUGUGGCUUCUACCACCUACACCCUAGGUCCUCUAUCAGUUCCAGCUGCUUACACAAGUGAAGUAGUAUCAGGAUCAUCUACUGCUACAGAAGUCGUAUCCUUCUACAGCACCACCAAUUCCGCUGGUGACGAAGUUCUGGCUUCUACCACCUACACCCUAGGUCCUCUAUCAGUUCCAGCUGCUUACACAAGCGAAGUAGUAUCAGGAUCAUCUACUGCUACAGAAGUCGUAUCCUUCUACAGCACCACCAAUUCCGCUGGUGACGAAGUUGUGGCUUCUACCACCUACACCCUAGGUCCUCUAUCAGUUCCAGCUGCUUACACAACCGAAGUAGUAUCAGGAUCAUCUACUGCUACAGAAGUCGUAUCUUUCUACAGCACCACCAAUUCCGCUGGUGACGAAGUUCUGGCUUCUACCACCUACACCCUAGGUCCUCUAUCAGUUCCAGCUGUUUACACAACCGAAGUAGUAUCAGGAUCAUCUACUGCUACAGAAGUCGUUUCCUUCUACAGCACCACCAAUUCCGCUGGUGACGAAGUUGUGGCUUCUACCACCUACACCCUAGGUCCUCUAUCAGUUCCAGCUGUUUACACAACCGAAGUAGUAUCAGGAUCAUCUACUGCUACCGAAGUCGUAUCCUUCUACAGCACCACCAAUUCCGCUGGUGACGAAGUUCUGGCUUCUACCACCUACACCCUAGGUCCUCUAUCAGUUCCAGCUGCUUACACAAGCGAAAUAGUAUCAGGAUCAUCUACUGCUACAGAAGUCGUAUCCUUCUACAGCACCACCAAUUCCGCUGGUGACGAAGUUGUGACUUCUACCACCUACACCCUAGGUCCUCUAUCAGUUCCAGCUGUUUACACAACCGAAGUAGUAUCAGGAUCAUCUACCGUUACCGAAGUCGUUUCCUUCUACAGCACCACCAAUUCCGCUGGUGACGAAGUUGUGGCUUCUACCACCUACACCCUAGGUCCUCUAUCAGUUCCAGCUGUUUACACAACCGAAGUAGUAUCAGGAUCAUCUACUGCUACAGAAGUCGUAUCCUUCUACAGCACCACCAAUUCCGCUGGUGACGAAGUUGUGGCUUCUACCACCUACACCCUAGGUCCUCUAUCAGUUCCAGCUGUUUACACAACCGAAGUAGUAUCAGGAUCAUCUACUGCUACAGAAGUCGUAUCCUUCUACAGCACCACCAAUUCCGCUGGUGACGAAGUUCUGGUUUCUACCACCUACACCCUAGGUCCUCUAUCAGUUCCAGCUGUUUACACAACCGAAGUAGUAUCAGGAUCAUCUACCGUUACCGAAGUCGUUUCCUUCUACAGCACCACCAAUUCCGCUGGUGACGAAGUUCUGGUUUCUACCACCUACACCCUAGAUCCUCUAUCAGUUCCAGCUGUUUACACAACCGAAGUAGUAUCAGGAUCAUCUACUGCUACCGAAGUCGUAUCUUUCUACAGCACCACCAAUUCCGCUGGUGACGAAGUUGUGGCUUCUACCACCUACACCCUAGGUCCUCUAUCAGUUCCAGCUGUUUACACAACCGAAGUAGUAUCAGGAUCAUCUACUGCUACCGAAGUCGUAUCCUUCUACAGCACCACCAAUUCCGCUGGUGACGAAGUUGUGGCUUCUACCACCUACACCCUAGGUCCUCUAUCAGUUCCAGCUGCUUACACAAGUGAAGUAGUAUCAGGAUCAUCUACUGCUACAGAAGUCGUAUCUUUCUACAGCACCACCAAUUCCGCUGGUGACGAAGUUCUGACUUCUACCACCUACACCCUAGGUCCUCUAUCAGUUCCAGCUGCUUACACAACCGAAGUAGUAUCAGGAUCAUCUACUGCUACAGAAGUCGUAUCUUUCUACAGCACCACCAAUUCCGCUGGUGACGAAGUUGUGGCUUCUACCACCUACACCCUAGGUCCUCUAUCAGUUCCAGCUGUUUACACAACCGAAGUAGUAUCAGGAUCAUCUACUGCUACAGAAGUCGUAUCCUUCUACAGCACCACCAAUUGGCGCUGGUGA